UCAUUCUUUAUUACGUACUCCAUUAUGCAUGCCAAAUAUUCCAACCUAUUUGGCAAAAUAGAAAAAGAGAAAUUGUAAAUUGAGCAUGAUUUGUUAAAAUCGAUACAAGUAGGUGGCGGAAUGCAGUUUAAGGCUCUAACACAUUACCAAGAUAGGCACCAACAUUAUUCCAACCUGUCAAGUUGUUAAUCCUUACCCUAAGUAAGGAGGAAAAGAACAUGUUAGUUAGUUAAGUUGGUUUCUAAAUUUAGGUGACAAACUGUUGAUUAGGUUCCAUCCUCAAAAAUCCUCCAUUCAAUUCAUCCCAUAACUUCCUUUCCCUACAUUGCAGACAAAAUAUUGGUUCUCUCUCUGCAAUGGGGAUAGGCAAUUCCAAGUUAAAUGCAGCUGAGGGAGAGGUGGUGCCCCCCAAGAUUCGCCCCAUGCUUGUAUUCAAAUAUGAGGACUUCAAGAAACGUACCAACGCUGAAACCAACCUCUCCAAGAAGAAGCUCUUGAAGGAAGCUACAGAAGAGGAUGACAAUUCUUUAGAGAUUCAACCAUCCGAAGAGGAAAAAGUGUCCAGAGUGGUUCCUAUGGCCAAUUCUGAAUGUCCAAUUUUGAAGGACAACCACCCUUUAGACCAACAUAACAUGAACCAUGCAGUUCUGUCGGCUGAGGCUAUGGAAGAUGCAAAAGGUGAUGAUCAUGAUGACAACGACCACAACGAUAAUAAUGAUGAUGGAAGGAAUAUUUGUCCUGGAUCGCCUAGUUUCAGAAUCUAUUGCAUUGACAAUGAAGAAUGUGAUAAUUAUCCAACCAAAACCGUUGUUAUGCACCAAAGGUCGCAUAGUGCAGACAGUGUUGAAAGAGUUGCAUCAACCGAGGUACUUCCGGAGGUCGAAACUGAAUCAAUAUCAACUCCAAAGAGAAAAGGAAAUAAAAAGAAAUUUGGGGCUAUGAGGACUCUACUCAAGGUUAAGUCGUGCUACCACCCAAUACGUAACUGUACUGGCAAUGAUAGAGGCCUUAUUGUUGCUGCAAAAACAGCAAAAUCAUGAAGCCACUAGCCACUAGGUGUUAGAAUCAAGACAACUUAACCUAUACUCCCUUUCUGUUUUCUUUUUCUUUGCUUUUUAGUGCAUAUUUCCAUUUCGAUUGUGCAGGUUCAAAUGUAACAAUUUGUAAAAAAUACUUUUGCAACUUUAAUCCAAACCUAUACUCAAUAGGUUAGAGUCA